CUACCUACCUACUGACGCGACUUUUAGGAGGAAACAGAACGAAUUCACACGGGAGUUGCUGAGUAUUUGACCGAUUUUUGGUUUGGUAAAAAGACCAAAUGGAGAGGAAAAGGUCUUGGGAAAAGUCCAGUUGUGCAGAAGAAGAAGAAGAAAAAGAGGAGCAAGUGGAACAAAAACACGAGGCUGGAAAAGAUAGCCAAACAACGAGUUACACAUAUGAUGAUGAUGAGGAAAAAGACGAUUAUGAAGAUUACGAAUAUGGUGAUGAUGAUGGGAAGGAUGGAAUGGGUUUCAGUGAAGAUGAUGAUGAUGACGAUGGCAAUGAUGAUCCUCCUUCUGAUCAUGAUUAUGGUGAUGAUGAUGAUGCUGAGGAUGAUGAUGGUGAUCCUCCUGAUCAUGAUUUUAGUGAUGAUGAUGAUGAUGAUCCUUCUGAUCAUGGUUUUGAGGUUGAUGAUGAUGGGAGGGAGGACUGGGGUGAAGUUAAUUAUGAUGAGGAGGAUGAGGAUGAUGAUGAUGGUGAUGAGGAGGACUGGGAGGGGAAUCAUCACUUUGAUGGUGACUACAAAAAGAAGGAUGAAGGCCAUCAUAACCAAGUUUCACCAGGAGAGACUCCAGGACUGUGGUCCAUAACCUGUGGAGCCAAAAAUGGCCUACUAGAUAUAGAAAGGCUGAAGCAAGGUAAGGAGAAAACACAUUUGAAUCUUCAGGAUUAA